AUGGCAUUGCAUAGAACUCCAGAAAAAGUUACGGGGUGUGUCAUUGCAUUGCUGUAUUGGCUAUGUGAACAUGCAACUAUCAUUGACUCAGAAGACAGUAACACAACAGACUUCCUAAGAUGUGCCAAGUGGAACCUUCAAACCUUGACGAAACAGCUGCAGAAGACACCAGUCCACUCUCUUGCACCUCAACAGAUUGAUAACAAGCAGCUAGUCAAAAACCCAUCUGAGGAGUUCUGUCUUGGCAAAAAGACGAAGAAAGAAUUAAAAAAGGCAAUUGUCAUAUUCAAGGAGACAUUACAAGAUCCAUCUGAAGAUGGAGGGAAUGAACAAAAAGAAGAAGAAACCACCAAAGAAACCAGCAAUGGACAAGAACAUCAAGCAAGCAGCACAGAAGAAGAAACCACCAAAGAAAGUGAAGAAAUAGAACCAGAAGACAAAGAACAAAAUGAACAGAAAGAAAAUGAUGAAGAAAGUGAUGAAGAAGAAAAUAAUGAGCAGAUGGACCAACAACAUGAUGAAGAAAGUGAUGAAGAAGAAAAUAAUGAGCAGAUGGACCAACAACAUGAUGAAGAAAGUGAUGAAGAAGAAAAUAAUGAGCAGAUGGACCAACAACAUGAUGAAGAAAGUGAUGAAGAAGAAAAUAAUGAGCAGAUGGACCAACAACAUGAUGAAGAAAGUGAUGAAGAAGAAAAUAAUGAGCAGAUGGACCAACAACAUGAUGAAGAAAGUGAUGAAGAAGAAAAUAAUGAGCAGAUGGACCAACAACAUGAUGAAGAAAGUGAUGAAGAAGAAAAUAAUGAGCAGAUGGACCAACAACAUGAUGAAGAAAGUGAUGAAGAAGAAAAUAAUGAGCAGAUGGACCAACAACAUGAUGAAGAAAGUGAUGAAGAAGAAAAUAAUGAGCAGAUGGACCAACAACAUGAUGAAGAAAGUGAUGAAGAAGAAAAUAAUGAGCAGAUGGACCAACAACAUGAUGAAGAAAGUGAUGAAGAAGAAAAUAAUGAGCAGAUGGACCAACAACAUGAUGAAGAAAGUGAUGAAGAAGAAAAUAAUGAGCAGAUGGACCAACAACAUGAUGAAGAAAGUGAUGAAGAAGAAAAUAAUGAGCAGAUGGACCAACAACAUGAUGAAGAAAGUGAUGAAGAAGAAAAUAAUGAGCAGAUGGACCAACAACAUGAUGAAGAAAGUGAUGAAGAAGAAAAUAAUGAGCAGAUGGACCAACAACAUGAUGAAGAAAGUGAUGAAGAAGAAAAUAAUGAGCAGAUGGACCAACAACAUGAUGAAGAAAGUGAUGAAGAAGAAAAUAAUGAGCAGAUGGACCAACAACAUGAUGAAGAAAGUGAUGAAGAAGAAAAUAAUGAGCAGAUGGACCAACAACAUGAUGCUUUUUUUAAGGAUAGAGCAAAAAAUCUUGCAAUAGUUCCUGAAGAUGCAGAUCAUAUUUGGUCAGUAGGACGUAAACCAGUUUAUCCAAAGGGACAGUAA